AUGACAUGCUUCAAUGUCUGCAUCAAAGGUGGGAACACUCAUGGGACUAGUUUCAGAAUCCUAGAUGAUAUGGCGGGAAUGUGGCUGGGAAUUGGGUGGAGGUGGAGGGAGGGAGAGCAAAAGAAGGUGAGGCCGAGCAACAGAGCUCUCUCUCGCUCUCUGAAUGACGGGCAUGGAUGUUGCCCAGUGGGGCCGCCCGACAGAAAACGAGCAAGCGAAAAGCAAAGCAAUGACGAGCAAAAGAUAAACAACCGGGGAGGAUGUCCCCGGUCGGGGGAAUGGGACCUUCUGGUUGAUAACGGCGGUGACAGAUCUAUACGAUAUAGAUAG